CUUUGGAAAAAUAUUAUAUAUCCACAGAAAUGGCCACAGUACCAACAAGCAUCAAAAGGGCAAGACUUGCGAGUUCACCGAAAGCAAAGAAGAAAGUCAAGCCAGCCGUCCAAACCGAUCACCAUCUCGUAUCCUCCACGAAGGGCAAGCAGAAAGCCAAAUUAUCCACGAAACCCGCUUCAGACCUCCCCACAUCCUUCAAGGUAAUCGCUGGAUCCUACGAAAAACUGCUCUACGGCUUUGACGGGACUGUCGCGCUCAACGAGGCCCACGAUAGCUACAAGUUCGAGCUGCGACCUAUCUUUAUAUUCCCCGCACAUGUAUCGUGCAUCAAGGCUGUUGCUGCAUCUCCAAAUGGUGGAAAAUGGCUUGCUACAGGGAGCGCAGACGAGGUUAUAAAGGUCUGGGAUUUGCGUAGGAAAAAAGAGAUCGGUGGGCUCAUGCACCACGAAGGGUCCAUAACACAACUUCAAUUCCCCUCCCGCUCGCAUCUCCUCUCAGCGUCUGAAGAUGGCUCAUUAUGCCUUUUCCAUGCACGCGACUGGGUCGUGCUUCGUACCCUCAAGGGCCACAAGGGACGCGUCAAUUCUACAGCGGUACAUCCGUCCAACAAAGUCGCUUUAAGCGUAGGCAAAGAUAACACGCUGCGCAUGUGGGAUCUCAUGCGAGGGAAGGGAUCUGCUAGCACCAAGCUAGGGAAAGAGGGGGAAGUUGUGCGGUGGUCCACGACAGGCUCGUCGUUCGUUGUGCAAUCGCAAAACACGAUCGAUGUAUUCACAGUCGACAUGGUUCUUCGCCACACUAUCACGCAUCCAUCCCGAAUACACACGAUUAGGUUCAGUAAACGAGUCAAUGGCGCUGGCGAAUUAUUACUUGUCGGCGCAGAAGACAAAAAAUUGUCAAUCUACGACAUUCCAGAUGACCCAGAAAAAAUGCCCACCGUCAUUGCCGUGAUGACCGGGCACUCCAAUCGCGUAAAAGCAGUUGAAAUUCUUCAACUUGCACUGCCCCGAUCAACGAAGGCAAACACACCCUCGUCGACUAUCAUUGUGUGCACCGUCUCAUCUGACGGUAAAAUCCACGUUUACGACCUGGCUUCGCUGCCCGCGGACGUAAAAUCUGGAAGUGAAGUGCUACACAUAUCACCUGUAGCUGAAUACGAUACAAAAGGCACGCGGCUUACGUGCGUGACGAUCGCAGAUGGCGAAGCUCUCGAGCAUGUAAGCAGUGCGAAUGGGAAGCGGAAACGGGAAGAUGAAGACAGCGAACAGGAAGCUGAGGAUGAAGGAUGGGGAGCUCAUGAACCGGAAGCAGAGCAUGAAGAUAGUGGGUGAGGUCGAGGUUUGACAGAUUUACUGUUCUUUGUGUACUUGGCUGCCAUAAACUCAUCUAUGCUCGUCUUGUUUCGUGUUUAUCUCUCCUUUUCUCUCUUUUUUUUCAGUCCGCCACAGCACAGUAUCCACUGCCUUCGCGCCGGAGUCGAGAUAACAAUGUCUAGGUCUCAGCCAGUCGAUUCUUCCUCCG